AUGCUAAAGUUUUGUUCCAAUGAUGCAAGUGGCUUUUUGCGGAGGCUCUCAAUCACCCGGCUCACGUGCGCCGUAAUGAAGGGCGGUGCGCCGGUACCGGCGCUCUACAAAUUUCGUGGAGGGAAGGAUAAAAGAGAACUGGUAUCAGAGCUUGCGAAUUUGGUUCUGCCAUGCGUUUGCACUCUUAACUCGAGAACAUUUUGCAUCAUGUCGACCUACUCUGAAGAAUCUUUCGACUCAGAUUUUUAUCAAAAGAAUCGACCAACGUACCCAGAAAGCUUGUAUGAAGCAAUUAAAUCAUAUCACGAUGGAGUUUCUGAAAUCGCCAUAGAUAUUGGCUGUGGCACCGGGAUUUCUACCUUCCCGCUCCUCAGAUAUUUUAGCAAAGUUUUUGGAUUGGACCCCUCGCCUACAAUGCUGACUCCUGCUAAUAAAUGCAAAGAAGAUUUGAAACCUGAGGACAGAAGUCGCAUCGAGUUCAAAGUCUGUGCUGCGGAAAAGCUCUCUACUUUAUUCAAUGAGGAUUCUAUAGAUAUAGUCGUCGGUGCAGAAUCCAUCCAUUGGGUUGACCAUCGCAGGUUUUUUGAAGAGGCUCACCGCGUAUUAAGACCACAUGGUACUAUCGCCUAUUGGUUCUACGUCGAGCCGAUCUUCUUGGAUUUCCCCGAAGCCAAUGAAAUUUACGAGAAAUACGUCUACGAGGACCCCGCAUACAUGGGCCCUCUCUGGAAACCUGGCAAGGAAUACUUAAGACUUUUUGGAGAGACAAUCCGAAUCCCUGACGAUAAGUUCUAUGAAAUCAAAAAGCACAUUUACCGCCCUUUGAAAUCAGAACAUAAAACAGCUUAUUUCGAGCAACGGAAUUCAUAUACUCUAGGGGAUUUUAGAAGGUAUCUUCGCAGCUGGAGCGCCUAUCAUACUUGGCAGCAAAUCCAUGGUGGUCCCGAUCGUGAUAUUGCAGAAAUGUUAAUCGAUGAGCUCAAAUUAAAGUGCAAUUGGGGCGAAGAAACAACCAAAUUGAGGGUCGAGUGGGGCACAGCCUACUACAUGGCGCGCAAAAGGCCUACUCGAUAA